AUGAGCACUAAUAACACCAGUAACAACGCGUUUAAUAGAACCAUCUUAGAGGAGCUAUUAAAGAAGAGAUUUUUCUAUGCACCGGCUUUUCAAGCGUAUGGUGGGGUUGCUGGUCUUUAUGAUUACGGACCACCCGGCUGUGCACUACAAGCCAACAUACUAGAUUUAUGGCGUCGACACUUUGUCUUGGAAGAAGAUAUGCUCGAAGUCGACUGCACAAUCAUAACACCCUCUGAUGUACUAAAAACCUCGGGUCACGUGGAAAAAUUUGCUGAUUGGAUGGUCAAAGACCUGAAAACCGGCGAAAUAUUUCGUGCUGACCAUUUGGUUGAAGCGGUUCUCGAGGCGAGAUUAGAAGGUGAUAGACAAGCGAGAGCUUCAGAGUCGGAUGUGAUUGCCGCUGUCACUAAAGAUGCUGAUGGUAAAUCCUCCGAACAAGACAAGAAAAGAAAGAAGAAGGGUAAAGUGCAGGCUGUAAAGUUGGGUGAUUCGGUAAAGGCUGAAUAUGAAGAAAUUUUAGCAAAGAUUGACAAUUACACUGGCCCGGAACUUGGUGAAUUGAUGCGUAAGCAUGAAAUAAAAAAUCCAGAGACUGGUAGUGAUCUUACUGAGCCGGUUGAAUUUAAUUUAAUGUUUGAGAGUAACAUUGGACCAACUGGUGCUUUGAAAGGAUAUCUACGUCCUGAAACCGCACAAGGACAAUUUCUUAAUUUCAAAAAACUGUUAGAAUUCAAUAAUGAUAAGAUGCCUUUCGCUUCUGCUUCGAUCGGUCGUUCUUUUAGAAAUGAGAUUAGUCCAAGAUCUGGACUUCUUCGAGUCAGAGAAUUUGUGAUGGCAGAAAUUGAACAUUUCGUUGACCCACUAAAAAAAGAUCAUCCUCGAUUUAAUGAGGUCAAAGACACCAAACUUCGACUAUUAUCCCAAUCAAUUCAAGCAGAAGGAAAAACGCAGCCUAUCGAAUUAUCGAUCGGUGAUGCCAUUGAUCAAAAAAUUGUGGAUAACAAAACUCUUGGUUAUUUCCUUGCUCGGAUACACCUUUUCUUGAUCAAACUUGGCAUUAAUCCUUUGAGACUUCGUUUUCGUCAACACAUGCCAAAUGAAAUGGCUCAUUAUGCGUGUGAUUGUUGGGAUGCAGAAAUUCAAAGUAGCUAUGGAUGGAUUGAAUGUGUCGGCUGCGCCGAUCGAUCAGCCUACGAUCUUACUGUGCAUUCCAUUCGAACAAAAGAAAAGCUAGUAGUCCGUGAAACUCUACCAACUCCACAAGUAUACGAGAAAACAAUUUUGGAUAUUAAUCAAAAAAUAUUUGGACCAAAACUGAGACAGAACGCAAAAAUUGUGGAAGAAUAUUUAACCAGUCUUGAUGAACAGCAACUGGAAAGUCUUAAAGAAGAUUUGGAAAAAGGCAAUGGAAAAACAACUGUUCCUGGUACUAAUGGUGAAGGAUACGAAGUCUCGACCGAAUUUUUAACCAUAAAACGUCAAACAUUCGCAGAGCAUGUACGAGAGUACACUCCUAAUGUAAUAGAACCUUCUUUCGGUAUUGGUCGUAUAUUGUAUUCGCUGAUUGAACAUGUGUAUUGGAUGCGUGAGGGCAGUGAACAGAGAGCGGUUUUAUCUUUUCCUGCACGCGUAUCUCCCUUCAAAUGUCUCUUGGUACCUCUAAGUCACCACCCCACGUUUACCGAUCUUAUUCAAGAUAUGACUACGCGUCUUCGUAAAUUGAGUAUUCCCAUAAAGAUUGACGAUUCAUCGAAUUCAAUUGGACGGCGAUACUCACGUAACGACGAGCUUGGUACACCUUUUGCCAUCACUAUCGAUUUCCAAUCGGUAAAAGAAGGCACAGUUACUUUACGUGAACGUGAUACCACAAAACAAAUCAGAGAAAAGGCAAAAGCAAUAUUUCGUUUUUUGCUUUCUUCUUAUUUGACAGCAGCAUUCUAUAAUAUUGACACUAUUCUUGUAAUUCUCAAAGAUCUCGUUGAAGAAAAUAUCACUUGGGAAACAGUGAUAAGUAGAUAUCCCGAAUUCACCCAACAAGAGCUUGAUUAG